AUGGGCAGCCAGGGAAAAGCAUCAGCCUUUGGCUGGGCCGGAGCAGAGAAGGGCUCCCGGCUUACUCAGCUGCCCCAUUUCCAGUUCAAGGAGAUAAUGAAGAGGCGCAAACGCCAGCAGGAAAGGCUGGGCCCAGGAACGUACAACAUCAGGGACUUUCUGCAGGAGACGCGGCCCUCCAGUCUCCGGGGAAUCUGCGACACCAGGGAGCAGCGGUUCAGAGAUGCCCACAGGGACUGCUUCCCCGGCCCCGGCACGUACGGACCCCGGGGCAACCCCUGCGCCUGCCUCGAGGAGAGGGACGAGCGUUCCGCCAGCACGCGAGGGCUGAUGGACAGCAGGACGGCGAAGUGUGCCCCGCUGGCAGCCGUGGGCAGCGGCCCCGGACCUGGCACCUACCGCCUGCGGAGCAGCAUCGAUGAGGGGCUGCGGCGGCGGGCGGGCGGCCUCGGCCCCUGCCAGCCCUUCUCGGGAGACAGGUCGAAGCUCGCGGGCUGCAGGCAGCAUGCAGGAGAGCGGAGGAGAGGCACCGAGCUGAGCACUGGCACUGUCAAGGGUUUCCUGGACGAGCUGACGUUGAAGGAGAACAAGAAGAAAGGCUGCUUCAGCACCCUGCCGAGGAACCCGGGCUGCCCCACGGAGAGGAUCUUCUGGGCCACACUCAGCCAGUGCCCGAGGGAGGCGUAUGCGGUGGGGCCGGGCUCCUACAACCCAAAGCCCAUUGAGAGAUCAGUGUACUCAAGCCAACCCCCAUUCUGGUCAUCUGCCAAGAGAUUCGACAGAAAGUCCUACCGCCUCUUUACUGGGAGUGAGCAGCAUCAGCAGCACGUUGCAGAGCCAGUGCAGAACCCUGUAGGUGUUGGUCGCUACGACAUCACCGAGCAUGAAAAAUACCCUCAGAAGAUGAAAUACCAGUCCCUGUACCGGUGUGACGCGCAGCGGUACCUGAGCAACUUGAAGCAGGAUGCCUACUUGCUUGAGCGGCUCAAGCCUGUUGCUAAAAAAACCUGGAGUGAUACGAUUUCUGCUUCACGCUGUCCAGAUACCUCUGAAGAAAUGUUUUCCAAACCAACGCUACCUAAAGAAGUUGCACGUACCUGUUAUGAGCAUGGUGGUGUUACCACAGCUGAAUACCCCCAGGUCGACCAGUACAACUCAGUGGAGAGCUGGGUCUGA